AUGACAGAUACCUCCUUGCUCGCAACAACGCAUUCGACCGGAGAUUCGUAUCCGGUCACUGCUUCUAUUCACUCCCCGGCGCCGAAUGGCGCCAUCUCCGAUUCCGUCCCUCUGGAAGAUGAAGAGCCCUACACCAUCAAGUGCAUAUGUGCCUUUGAGGACGAUGACGGGAACACUGUCUUCUGUGAGAAGUGUGAGACUUGGCAACACAUCGAGUGUUACUACCAUGGCCAGGAGGUACCGGACGAACACUUCUGUACAGACUGUUCACCCUCACCACUGUACUUGGACGGGAAACGAGCCACUGAGCGACAGCGUCGUUUACGGGAGCAAAAUGAUAGCGGUGACCGGAAGGGCAAACGCUCUGGGUCAAAGAGCCACAAGAAAAAACACCACAAGGAAGAAUUGGUCAAUGGACACCACCGUAGUAAUUCGACUUCUAGGGACCAGCUAGGUACUCUUAAGAAGCAAAAGUCUUCUCAUAGACCAUCAGCUUCAGUGAGUUCCGUCAAUGUACCACCCAAGCUGCAACCUGGUCCUCGCAAGCGGUCGGGAUCCAUGACCACCUCGAUGAGUCCAAUGAAAUAUUCCUCCACGUCCCCUCAAAUCCCCCUCUACUCUCACGAAUUUCUGCAUUUGUACGAUAAUGAUCGUGGUUAUGCGAACAUGAAGAGCAAUUUGGUCGACAACCUACACCUAAUAGUUGACAUGGGAAAUUGGGUGAAAGAUCCCGAGGCGCUUUCGCGAACUUCUAAUGGUCGCCAGCCACACGAAGUUUUCACAUUUUCAGACGUUUUAGAUUCUUCCCAAUGGCCGCAAUUAUCGUUGGAUACGCAGGUCGACAAGGAUAUCGAGAUUGAAGGUGUACAUCCUACCUGGAAACUACUGAAAACUCAAACGGCUAUUCACAAGGAUCAGAUCGUCGGCGAGGUUACGGGUAAAAUAGGCGAACUUCGUGAUUAUUGCCUUGAUCCCGCCAAUCAGUGGCCAGAGUUACGGCACCCUCAGCCUUUUGUAUUCUUCCAUCCUCAACUUCCCAUUUACAUUGACUCUCGCGAAGAAGGCUCCAUACUUCGAUACGUCCGCCGUUCAUGUCGCCCUAAUGUCACUAUGAAGACAUAUAUCACCAAUGAGGUUGAGUAUCAUUUUUGUUUCGUCGCCAAUCAGGAUAUACCUGCCGAUUCAGAAAUUACAGCGAUGUGGUAUUAUGACCGCCAAUCCCUUGGAGAUAGCGAUCAGGAAGAAGCCCGAGCAAUCUCCAUGAGCAAUAUUCUAGCUAAUUUCGGUGGAUGUGCCUGUUCACCAACUCAGCCAUGCUUCUUAGCUGCUGUUGAUCGCCGUCGCCACCCAAAUUCGAAACAAGUGAAUGGCAAGCGGAAGAAAGCGAAAUCUAAGUCUGCUGUCUCCCCUACUAGCGUCGGUCGGUCCAAUACGAGUCGCGCGGGUAGCGAGGCAGCUAUCGACGACGAUAACGUUGAUAAUCGAUCAACUUCUGGCUCUUUACGCGGACAGACCCGUAGUCGCGACUUGACCCCAACACAUCCACCGCCUGAAUGGGCCUUGCAAGAUACGGAAUUGUCGGCACGAGAUAGACGCAAAAUCGCAGCCGUGGAAAAGAAAUUCGAACAGCUUGAGCACGAUCAGCACGGACAGCGCAAGAAGAAGCGGGGUAGUGCGACAUCUGGCCAUGCGAAUCUAUCUGCUCCGUUACCUAAGCACUCGAGUGUACCAGCCUCGGGCAAAUCCUUGAAGGUGGACACGGCUACCGGUCGUCCAUUUGAUUCACGACUUACUUCACGCAAAGUAUCUGAUCCCACCAACACUGUCUCGCGAUCUCCCCUCUUCCGUGCUUCCUACGUCGACGAAUCGCAACAAACUCGUCCACCCAAAAUCAAUUUUUCUCCUUUGGGCCGGCGGCUUUUGAAGCGCUGUCUCGAAGACACCGCAAAGACCCAGUGGCCGGUUAAGCGUCAACAGUUGUCUGCAGGUUUAACAGCUGCGGAUGUCGCGCAUUCUCCGUCUUCUGUCACUCCUUCACAACCCUGGGGUUCCGGUGUACGGCCAUCUUCAUCGCAUAGUGAAGAUGUUGAUAUGAAGGAUGGUCCAAGUGAUACAGCCUCUGUCAAAUCUGCAUCGCAUGAAGUCAUGGCAAAACCACCUUUACCAUCGACAGCAGCCCACAAUACACUUGUUCCUGGGAUGUCGCCUCUCAACAGUCGGAUGAACAAUCUUCAUGUUCAGUUACCACCCAAUAAUUUUGCAGUACCUUCCACACCGGGUGCGGCAACCCCUGGAUCACUACAAUCACCGUCGGAUUCUGUCUCGCUGCCAGCCCAGACACCGGGUAGCAGCAUAACAGCUCCAAGCCCCGUCAAGAAGAAGAUGAGUUUGGGUGAUUAUCUGGGUCGUAGAGGAACGAUGGCAACGCCGACCACAGAAAAGACCCAGGCUCAAGCCACUACAUCGACUCUGGCGCCACCGAGCAAACCUACUUCUCAGGCUCAAUCCUCCACCCCACCAUUGUCGACAGAUGGUGAAUCCCAACCGCAAUCACAGUCGCAACCAGCAUCGGGACCCGAGACGAUUAAGAACGAAACCUCACUGACCGACACGGAUGUUACGAUGAAAGAUGUCCCUAGCAAAUCCCCCAUAUCUCCUCCUUAUGUUUCUUCUCUUGGAAUGCAGGAUGACAGCAAAGUCCCGCCAACGACAUGA